AGAGAGAGAGAGAGAGAACAUGAGCUUUGUCCCUGCUGAUCAUUUAAUCUCCGAGAUAUCGUUUAGACAGCUCGAAAACUUCUAUUUGGAGGUUCGUCAUCGCUGGGUUUUAGCAGGCGCUUUAAAUAGAUAGUUGGUUGAACUAGUUGCCUCACUUAAUCAAGUCCUUCCAGAAUUGUUCUAUGUCUAUGGGGAGGGUUUAUGAUCAAGUGGUCGAGAAGGGGGUUUAGAGCUAUGAGCCACUUCUUGUUGGCUGAAGUCAUCACCGCAACGUAACGCUUCUCCAGCCUGGAGGAGGAGAUGAUGUUGGUGGCUCCCAAGUAGUGUCUCCUCUGCCUGUCCUGGAUCUGAUCAAGCUGUCCGUAGGGUUGGUGAUGAAGGUCCAGGGGAUCCCGAUGCGUCUCAAAUGGCAUUAAUUUGAGCUGAUCAGUGGCACGGGAGAGUGUUGGUAGUGGAGCUCGUUUGGCAUCGGCAAUGAGGCGACUGGUAGCGGAUAUUUGGGAUAUUUAGCUAGAUAAAUAGAGACGAGACAUGAUAUGUGCAUGCUUAUUUAAGUAGAACGCUGGUGUUUUGGUGAACUAGUUCAUCAGACCACUGGACUCUAACAUACAGUGGCGUAUAGAUCUACGUUUGAUCUUACAGCUCAGAUCAUCGAUAUCCGAAUGGCUGUUUGCCCGAUCGAUAGCUAACCGAUGUCUAAAGGACGAGUUUUAAAGUCUAAAGAAAGAUCUGAAGACGGAAGACGGACCGCAGGCAUUCUGGAGGGGAUCACGGUGUCUGUGACCAACAUGAAACCUGACAGAGAAGCAGCGGAGGAGUUCUUUGAGUAUGAUCCUGAGGAGUUCCUGGUGUUCCUGACACUCCUGAUCACAGAAGGACGGACUCCAGAAUGUUCCGUAAAGGGGCGGACCGAGGGUGUUCAUUGCCCACCUGCCCAGUCUGCUAUGCCUGUCUUAACCAAACAUGAAUGCAGCGACAAAAUACCACAGUGUCGUCAGGCAAGGAGAAUAAGGUCAGAGGUCAUGUUACUAUGGCGCAAUCACAUCCCCAUCAUGGUCGAGGUAAUGUUACUUCCUGACUGUUGCUACAGCGAUGAAGGCUCGACCACAGACUGCACGGACCUAAAUGACCCAGCAAUAAAGCAAGAUGCACUCUUACUAGAGAGAUGGACUUUACAACCAGUACCUAGAGAGAGUGGAGAUCGAUUUAUUGAGGAGAAAACCUUGCUGUUGGCCGUGCGUUCCUACGUGUUUUUCUCGCAGCUCAGCGCUUGGUUCAGUGCCUCUCACGGACUUGUACCUAGAAACAUCCUUUACAGAAUAAGUGCAGCUGAUGAAGAACUGAUAUGGAACUUCUCUCAAACACCCUCUGAACAUGCCUUCCCAGUCCCAAAUGUGUCCCAUAGUGUUGCUCUCAAAGUGCGGGUUCAGUCUUUGCCCCGCCAGCCCAAAUACCCCGUACUCAAAUGUAGCAUCCACUCAGGUCUUGGUUUUUUGGGCAAGAGAGGCCUGGAGCGUGGCGAGGUUGGCAACCGUGCUGGAGAGAACUGCAGUUCCCUCCGUCUGCCAGGAUCUCCACUCUUCUCCAGACCGCUACGCCCUUCUCCACCUCCCCACAGCCCUCUUAACACCCGUAAAUGCCCCCCUCACCCUGAGUCCUGUCUCCCACCAGGCAAAGCAGUCAAGUGGCUGUAUUCUCGGCUGAAUGGCGGUGUGGAUGCCCCCCCUACAGAGGCGUAUAACUCGUGUACUAAUGGGGCAGAGAGCCCCAAGACAUCAACCAUGGAGUCACCAAUUCGUGGUUUUAAAUCCCUCUCCAUCACUGACCCUUUAUUUACCCCCAGUCCGAGCCCCAGCUCCAUCUCAGGUGAAACCAACCCCCUCAUUGGCUCCCUGCUUCAGGAAAGACAGGAAGUCAUUGCUCGCAUUGCUCAGCGAUUGAACUUCUGUGACCCUACUGCUCCCCAUCUCCCUGAUGCUCUCUUCACUUCUCAAGAACCUCCGGGACACAAAACAACCUGGAACUCAACACAGGAUAAGGAGCGCUUGAAGAAAUCCAAAGAACCCCUCUUCUCAGUCCCCCAACCCCCAAACCACAAUGUAACCAGUCCAGAAUUCCCAGAGAGGAGCCGGUCUUCUCUCUUCAACACCCCCUUGAGCCCUAGAAGCAGAACGCGGCUGGCUGGAGUUGACCGUGAAUCAAAAACUUCCCCAAAACCCUCAACACGUAGGCGGCUGGUACUCAGUGACCAGUCUGCUGAGGGCUCGCUGAUUGCAGAUGCUGUUCAGGACAUUUCAAGGCUGAUUCAGGAGCGACUGCAGCAUUACAGUCUCCUGAAUGGCACCUAUAAAUUGAAGACCUCUCACAAUGAACAGGUUGAUGCAAACCAUGGAGCCCAGACAAAUGGCUUUAUAUCACCACCAAGCCAUAAGAAGUUUUCAUGUGCACCCAAUGGCGAGGCAAGCACAGAUCCUCAUACGUCUCAAGCAACAAAAUGUUGCAGAUCUCCUGACUCUAGCCCCUGUAAGCAAGACUGUUCCCCUAGACCACUAAACGUGGCCAGCUCAAAACUUGAAGACCACAGCGUCACAAAAUCACAGACUUUAACGACGAGUAAUCAGCAACAGUAUGCCUGUAGAGAGUCCUGGGCCUCCUUGAAAAACAACUCUAGCCAUGCAAGCUCUCCUCAGGAGAAUGGGCUGACCCAGACUGGAUACAUCCAGCCCUUCAAGACCCAAGAGGCAAUCCAUGAGAAAGGAGCAGAAAAGCAUGUCCGGGAUGGGUCAACUUGUCCUGAGAAGAACGAGAACCAGGAGCCCUGGACGUCCCCCUCUAGCACACCAGUCAACUUUACCUUCAACUCCUCUAGUCCUGCCAAGAGCAGUUAUACAAGACGCCCCCCUUCCCCUCUGAAGUCAUGCAAUAACUGGAAGAAACAGAAUCGCCACUCCAUAGACGGAACUGCAACAAAAGCCUUCCACCCCUGCACAGGCCUACCUCUCCUCUCCAGCCCUGUUCCUCAAAGAAAAAGCCAGACAGGAUAUUUUGAUUUAGACACAUCUCUGAUUCAUUGCAGAGGUGUUCCAUGGGCAGCCAAUAAGAGGGUUUUGAAAAGAUCACAAGACUGUGAUGAGUCUCAGCAGAUCCUCAGUGCCAGCGCUCCACCCGCCAGCCUCAGUCUUUUGGGAAACUUUGAGGAAUGUGUAUUAAAUUAUCGUUUGGAGCCGUUGGGCACUAUUGAGGGUUUCACAGCAGAGGUUGGUGCCAGCGGAACCUUCUGCCCCAGUCACAUGACCUUACCUGUGGACGUGUUAUUCUACAGCGUCUCUGAUGAUAACGCACCUUCCCCCUACAUGGGUGUCAUAAACUUGGAGUCCCUCGGUAAGAGGGGAUAUCGAGUACCUCCUUCAGGAACCAUACAAGUGACCUUAUUUAACCCCAAUAAGACAGUGGUGAAGAUGUUUGUGGUGAUGUAUGAUCUGAGAGAAAUGCCCGCCAGCCAUCAGACAUUCCUGCGGCAGAGAACCUUCUCAGUCCCAGUCAAACGCGAGUACAAUGGACAGAACAACAAAAAGCCAUCCUCACUGGGGCAAGGACGAACUCUCCGCUACCUCGUCCAUCUGAGGUUCCAGAGCUCCAAAUCUGGAAAGAUCUACCUCCAUCGGGACAUCCGGCUCCUUUUCUCCCGUAAAUCCAUGGAAGUGGACAGUGGUGCUGCCUAUGAGCUCAAGUCAUUCACAGAGUCACCUGCUGACCCCCCUUUCUCUCCCAGAUGCUAAUUUAAUCUAGUCUAGUCUAUUCUGAUCUUAAUCCAGCAUAGGGGCCUUACUAAAUCUAAAUCUGUCAUCUGCUUGUAUGGGAAUUAAUAAUAGAGAAGCCCACUAAUGCUCACCAACAUGCACAGGACUGUUCACAUUAAUGCCCCUUACCUAAAAAUACACACCAAUGAAUUGUCAGUGCUUUGGUUUAAAACCACAGAUGGUUGGGAGUUAAUUUAGGCUAAUUUACAGACGUUCGGAGUGGCGUGAGCAGACAUGAUGCAGAAAAACUAAAUCCAUGGACCAUUAAAAAAAAGGAAAAAUAAGUCAAGUAACUGAAUAACUGCAAGGAUGUCUGAAGAGCACUGUGUUUUUCCACCACAACUGGAAGAAGAUGAGUUUUGUUCAAUGACUUCUUUCUUUGUACUGUUACCAAACCACUUUAAUCGGAAGUGUUGCAAUAGAAAAACAAAUAUCUUACUAGCUUAGUGUUUACAUAUUUACUUUUGUUUUGUCAUCAGUUAUUUAAUAUUUAAAUUGAACUUUCAUUUACUGCACAUGUGAUGCCCAUUGUGCAAAACAUUAUGAUGUAGUACAAGAUAUGUUUCAAUCACCCUAUGUAUUUUUGUCUUUCAAAUUCAGAUCUUAAAUAAAAGAAUUAUAUAUUGUA